CGCUCCAACGCGACUCACGCAAGCCGCGCCCGCGCAACACGACCGCUACACACAAACGAGCCUUUUUCGAUAUUCAAAUUUUAAAAAUGUAUUCGAAUGAAGUGAGGUGAAUCGAUGAAAACUGUUCAGUGAAUUGAUAAUAAGGUGAAAAAAAAAAUAUACAAGUGUUUUGGAACAUAUUUUAGUGAAGGAUUUAUUUUUGUUAAGGAGCAACCCUCUACAAAUCCAAGAUGGGUUGCAGGCUCACAAUCGUGGACGAUGUCCUCAACAAAUCCUUCUACAAACUCGGUUUAGUCGUCGGCAGACAACCCGGGUACUUCAUCAUCAUCCCCGUUCUCCUCUCACUGCUCAUGAUCACAGGAUACCAAAGAAUUCACUAUGAAAUGGACCCAGAGUACCUUUUUUCCCCCGUCAGUGGACAAGGCAAAUAUGAAAGGAGAAUCGUCGAGGAAAAUUUCAAAGUCAACUAUUCACACAGAUUUAACGUUGGAAGGAUUACGCGGGCAGGACGAUUCGGCAGAGUAAUAAUCGUAGCGAAAGACAAUAACACGAACAUGCUGCGAACAGAAGUGUGGAAGGAACUGCGACAGCUGGAUGAGCUGGUUCAGAACAUGACGGUGACGCUACCGAGCGGAGAGACCUUCACUUAUAAGGAAGAGUGCGCGCGCUGGGAAGGACAAUGCUUCACCAACGACAUUCUCAAUUUGGACAAGAUUAUUGGCGAGGUGGAGCGAGGCGAACUAAACCUGACGUUCCCCAUAAUGUUCAACCCUGUGACAUGGGAGGCCCACGCGUUCCCGGUGUUCUUCGGGGGCUCCAAGGUCGUGGACGAUAUCAUAGUGUCUGUGCCAGCGGUUCAGCUCGUCUGGUUCGUGAGGACGGACACGAAAGCACAGCUAGACGGGAGAGGUGCGGCAUGGGAAGACGCAUUUUUGGACACAGUAGGAAUAGCAGAAGACACAGGCCGAUUCAAGCACAUCUCCGUCGCACGAUUUGCCUCCCGAACCCUCGACCACGAACUUGAAAAGAACACGAGAACAGUCAUACCAUUCUUCAGUUCCACUUUUAUUCUCAUGGGGAUAUUCUCCAUCGUGACUUGUAUGAUGGGCGACUGGGUUCGUUCCAAACCAUGGCUGGGUUUGCUGGGCAACAUAUCGGCUGUGAUGGCCACGGCAGCAGCGUUCGGAUGCGCUAUAUAUUUAGGCAUUUCCUUCAUUGGAAUCAAUUUAGCUGCACCCUUCUUAAUGAUUGGUAUUGGUAUUGACGAUACGUUCGUGAUGUUGGCGGCGUGGAGGCGGGCGUCUCCCAAGCUCCCUGUGCCAGAGCGAAUGGCCAUCAUGUUGUCUGAAGCAGCGGUGUCUAUCACAAUUACCUCGGUCACAGACAUGCUCUCAUUCUUCAUCGGUAUUUUCUCUCCAUUCCCGUCGGUACAAAUAUUCUGCAUGUACUCGGGACUCGCCGUUUGCUUCACAUUUGUAUGGCAUCUGACAUUCUUCGCUGGAUGUGUCGCCAUAUCAGGUUACCGUGAAAAACAAAAUAGACAUACGAUAACAUGGAUGAAGGUUUUGCCAGAAUCCAGGGCCAGGAAAGAAGAAAAAUCAUGGAUGUACAGAAUAUUCUGCAGUGGAGGCAUAGACGCAGCCGAUCCUGAUAACCCCAUCGACAACAAGGAGCAUUGCAUCAUGGCUUUCUUCAGAACCACCAUGGCAGAUUUGCUGAACAACGGCUACGUGAAAGCCCUAGUUAUCGUGGUGUUUAUAGCGUACCUGGCGGGAGCAGGGUACGGAGUGACCAAUCUCAAGGAAGGGUUAGAAAGAAGGAAGUUAUCCAAAGUGGAUUCAUACUCUGUUGAGUUCUUUGACCGUGAAGAUCUGUAUUACAGAGAAUUCCCAUAUAGAAUUCAGGUGGUUAUAAGUGGAGAAUACAAUUAUUCGGAUCCAAAAGUUCAAGAUGAAGUAGAAGCUUUGACCAAGAGCUUGGAGAACACUUCGUACAUAUCAAACUCGCUGUACACAGAGUCUUGGCUUCGAACCUUCGUCGACUACGUAUCGAGAAAUAACGACUACUUGAACGUGACUAUCGAUAAUGAGGAUGACUUCAUUCAGAAUCUUAAAGAAUUGUGGCUGUUCCCAGCAAACCCAUUCUCUCUAGACGUGAAGUUUAACGAUGAAGGAAAUCGAAUUGUAGCUUCAAGAUUUCUAGUUCAAGCAGUCAACAUCAGCGGAACAAACCAUGAGAAAGAAAUGGUUCGAGCACUAAGAGACGUUGUUGCUAAGUCUCCUCUGAAUGCCUCUGUAUUUCAUCCUUAUUUCGUCUUUUUCGAUCAGUUCGAACUUGUGAGGCCGACUUCACUUCAGAAUUUAUGCUACGGUGCUCUUAUGAUGAUGAUCACGUCAUUUGUAUUCAUCCCUAACAUCCUGUGCUCUCUGUGGGUGGCUUUCAGUAUAAUAUCCAUUGAAAUUGGAGUAGUAGGUUACAUGGCCCUUUGGGAUAUCAAUCUUGACUCAAUAUCCAUGAUUAACUUGAUUAUGUGUAUCGGCUUCUCCGUUGAUUUCACUGCGCAUAUCUGUUACGCGUACAUGGCUUCCAAAGCAAAGUCCCCUGACGAUAAAGUCAGCGAAUGUCUCUACUCCCUCGGGUUGCCCAUAGUUCAAGGAUCGUUCAGUACUAUUCUCGGUGUCAUAGCUUUGCUCCUGGCUGACAGUUACAUUUUCUCCGUGUUUUUCAAAAUGGUUUUCAUGGUCAUAUUCUUUGGAGCAAUGCACGGCCUCUUCUUACUUCCAGUACUUUUGUCUCUGUUUGGUCCUGGUUCUUGCACCAGAAGGACCGACGAUGUCAAAAUGGCUAAAUUAGAGAAAUGUUUCCCCAAUCCUUACUGUAUGCCUCACCCACAGCUAGUUCUCAAUGAUCAAAUAUACAACGGUAAGAAUUUGAACCCGAAUGGUAUUUACAAGAUUUAUGGCGAUGACAAAGAUCUAGGAAUAGGCACGUCAGGCGAGGACACUAGCGAAAGUAGUUCCAACCAGUCGCAACGCCGGCAAUUAGGCGACGAUGAGAAUGGCCGGAAAAAAUAUGACGACGGGUGGAAGCGAUCUGCUUAUUGCCAGAACUCUGCUAGCCAGUUUCAACCGUCCGGUGAAUUAGAUCUUUACGGUCACGAUAUGGAUCGUAAUUGGCAACGACAACGCUAUGAAGACAAUCGCCGGGUUUUCGACAAUUACCGGAAACCUCCGGCAGCAGGGCGGACGCGCGAUGACGAGUGGGUGUCGGCGCGGAAGACGAGCGACGGCGGGCCGCGGCGCGAGGGCACGUACCGCGUGACGCGCGCGCACUCGCACCACAACAUCCACCGCUCGCGCGCUCCCCGCCGCUCCAACUCGCAUCAGAACUUAGAACAUUUAGACUACGUCGCAGAAAUGCGUUUUCCCUGACAGUGACCACUUCUGUCUAAAUAAUAUUUAAAAUUAAAUCGAGUGCUCAAUUUAUGGACCAAAGUAUUAUGCUACUUUCGUAAAAACGAAAUCAGUAGUCUAAUUUCCUAGAAAGUGAAGAAUAAUGAGUUGAUAGAUGAACACUUUUUCUUGAAGGUGUCAAGUGUUACAUGGAGUGAUACAAACUGUUUAUCUUCAACAUGUAGUUAGAACGAUAAAUGGAGCUUUGUAUAAAAGCCUUAUGCCAAAAUCAAAAUAAGUAGUCCUUUAUCAGCUUUCUUACCGGUGUAGUUGUGGUGGUCGUGUGAAGAUUUUUAUAUUUCCAGCUAUUGUUUCCCAUAAAACUUUACAAAUGACAUUUUAUAAAACAACUGCAUGUAAGAUAGCCUGGGCUUUACGUUUUUGUCUCUAUUUAAUAUAAAUUUUGAUAUGUAUAAAAAUAAAAAGCUCAGUAGUACACCAAAGUACGAUCGGUUCAAUAACGCUAUUGUUAUGUAAGUAAGUUAUUGAUGCGGGAGGAAAAAUAUGUAAUUAUACUCUAGUAAAUAACCCGUAAUUUAAUGAGUAUUUCGAGAUUUUGGUACAAGGCUGUAUUAUGAGUGGUUAUGAUUGUUUAUCGCAAAUUGCCUAGAAUACUGUGUUAGCCGCCGUAAAGUAAUACAUAUGUAAUUGUUAUACGUGAUUGAACUGUAAUAUACUGUAGCAUACAAAACGUCCCAAAAAUCCUGAUAUUGCAAUUAAGGCUGCUUUCUUUAAUGUGAACUAAUAAACAAAUAUCGUUUUCUCUACAAUGAGGGAAAAAAAACAUUUUGAGAAGGAUUUGUAAUCGAUAACAUCGUUUCUAAAUACGUUUGUUAUUCAAAAAAAUUAAAAACGAUACAGCCCACAAAUGGGAAAGUAGCUUGAAAUCUAUGAAAAUCUUAACAAAAUAGGGACGUAUAUUUUAAAGAAGCAAGUGAAAAAUGUGUAUUGUUUUUACAAAAUAAUUUAUUAAACAUACUUAACUAGUUCCUACAACUUAACAAUUGAAACUACUGAUUCAGUCAGUGCACUUGCUUUCGGCAAUCAUACAAAUUUUGGCUUCCAUAGGGUCUGUAGUCUAAGACAUCUAUUUUUAGUGUGAUAAAAAGGGAAGGGUGAUAUAUAAGAGGUGUGUAAAUAAGUGUCUAAGGUUUAGGCGCGAUAGAAACUUUUCCUUCCAUGACAAAAUCUCACAAUCAAUUUAGGUACUCUGAACAACCAAUAUAAAAUGCAAGUUAAGUCGUUAAAUUGAAAUAAGGACAAAUUAGUCCAAAACCCCAAAGUUUUGUCAAAAAAGUUUCUAUUGUGCCAACAUCUGAAACAUUUUAAGUCUUCAUGUUAUACAAAUAAAGCUUUAACCAUUACCUGUCUAGAUAUGGGUUGCUGUAAAUAUUAGUUGUGAUAUUGUUAUCUCGAUGCCAUGUUCCAUCCCUGUCUUACGUUUAUGUUUACUGCUACUCUACAACUAAUAUUUAACUCUUUGUCAUACAAAUACAAUUUAUGUUCUGUCUGACAAGACGUGCUUGUCAUUGCAUUUUGUGGUAGGUAUAACAGCAAGUGACUCUAGUGUUUGUUCCGUGUGUUAUGUAAGAAUAUAUUUUUGUGAUCGCUAGCGGUCGCUCAUCAUGACUGAAUAAUGUAAAUAUUAUCUGUUUUACAUUAAAUAAAAAUUAGUUUUAUUAA